CUUAAUCAUUUAUUGUACAUGGAUGAUUUGAAAUUAAUGGCUUCCACUCGAAACCAACUCGACGAGAUGCUAAAAACUGUAGAAACUUUUUCUAAUGAUAUUAGUAUGCACUUCGGACUAGAUAAGUGCCGUAUUUUAAAUAUAGUCAGAGGAAAAGUACAGCCCGGAGGAUUCGAUAUGCAAAAUGGCCAGAACAUCGACGCCAUGGGUGAAAACGAUAUGUAUAAAUAUCUUGGAGUAAAGCAAGCGCGGAAAAUUGACCAUAAACAAAUGAAAACAGAGAUAACUACUGAGUUUAUACGAAGGGUAAAACAGCUGCUUCGCUCAAACCUUAACAGUAGAAAUUUGUUUAAGGCACUAAACACCUACGCAUGUUCCGCGCUUAGCUACUCAUUUGGUAUUGUUAAGUGGACAAAAACAGAUAUAGAAGCUCUUCAGCGAAAAGUACGAACACACCUCACAAAGGCACAAAAACACCAUCCGAAAAGUGCAGUAGAAAGAACAACAUUACCACGGAAUCUAGGAGGAAGAGGACUUAUGGAUAUAGGUGAGCAAUUAGAUAAACAAAUUGCUAAUUUAAGAACUUAUUUUCAGAUGCAGGCUGAGACAUCUACUCUACAUCGCGCUAUCUGCGCAGUAGAUGACACAACACCGAUCAAACUGAGGGAACCAGAAAUACGCAUAAACCACCUUACUAAGGACGAAAAAGUGCGCGCCUGGAUGGGUAAACCUCUGCACGGGCGACAUCCCAAUGAGGUCAGCCAAGAUUAUGUCGACAAUAUAGCGUCGAACUACUGGUUGACAUCAGGAAAGAUGUUCCCUGAGACGGAGGGUUCAUUACUGGCCAUUCAGGAUCAGGUUAUACCAACAAGAAAUUACCUGAAAUAUAUCAUCAAAGACCCUCAGGUUCAAAACGACAGAUGCCGAUAUGGAUGUCAAGCCCAAGAAACCAUCCAACAUCUUACAGGGGGCUGCCAGGCAUUUGCUGCAACUGAAUACAAGGAACGGCAUGACGCAGUGGGAAAAAUCCUUCAUCAAGAGAUAGCUAUCAAGCUGGGACUUCUCCAAACAGACCAUCUCCCGUAUUAUCAAUACGUCCCUGAGAGUAUGCUUGAGGAUGGCAACUACAAGCUAUACUGGGACCGCACUGUGCUCACAGACCAAACAGUGGCACAUAAUAGACCAGAUCUCGUACUAGUUAAUAAAUUAACAAGACAAACAACACUAAUUGAUGUGGCGAUACCUAACAACAAUAAUCUACGUAGUAAAUUUACUGAAAAGAUCGCCAAGUACAGAGAUCUAGAAAUUCAAAUACGAAGGCAAUGGAGAAUGGAAAGUACCCAGACGAUACCGAUUAUUAUGUCUACUACUGGAGUCAUUCCGAAGACCCUCCUCGAAAGCAUAAAAAAGCUGGGUCUGAAUGAACAUCUUUAUAAGACCAUGCAGAAAGCUGUACUACUCGCGACGGCCAGAUGCGUACGAAAAUUUCUGGGAGAUACACCUGCAUUCCAAGUCACCUAGGGCUCGAUAACACGGAAAGAGUCCCACCAGAGCUCAAUCCUUUUGAUACCGUAGGUAUCUGGGAUGAGUCAAUUUUCCCCUUUAGAGGGAGUGUGAGCCGUAUGGCUAAAUCUGGA